AUGGCAAGACCAUCCCCUGCUUUACGACAAUGGCUCAAUCUCCGCCGAAGUCUCUCGGGCGCAUCUCCGCGUGCGCAAAAUCUCCCCGCGAACGGUCUCCUCCCACGCGCAAACCUCCUCUUCCCGAUCUCGAACAAAGACUCCUGUCCUUCGAGACAAGCCUUUCAUAGCAGCGCUUGUCGAUUAGCGAAAACAAAACGCAGUUCUGCGAAGCCGGCCCCCUCGCUACAAAGGAAGAAGAGAGCUCAAGAAGCUGGACGUUCGGCUACGCGGCCAGUCAUCGAUGGCAUUGGGGUCGUGAGCAACAGCGGCCUCUUUACCAAGUCAAUCGAGAUUGACAAGGCGCGGAUUAUUCAUGAUUUUCUUGAAAUAUCGCCGCUUCUCUAUAGAGAUGCGGUGGCAGCGGAAUUGCUUCCGGGAGUGAGUAUUCGGACCUUUGAGGACGUGAUUAUCAAGAUCCUCAAGGGAAUGGAGGGGCCUCCAAAUGCCCAGUUGAUUCGGUCUAUAUCAAAAGACGUCGACGCAGUCUACCGCAUUGGAAUUGUUGGCUCCGCGUGGCACCACUCCUCGAUCGAGUGGUUCAGUUCUUCGUGCGCAUUGGCAGGCGCAAGAGCAGCCGUCGUUCUGCUCCAGGCAAGAUUGGUCAAUUGGACGCACAGUCCUCCGCAAACACAGUGGACGGAGCUCGUGAAGCAAUUCUCCGAUGAAGGGUUCCCACCCGCGAUGAUUCUCCAGGCCAAAAUCCUCGGCCUGUGCGGACAGUACGCGGAAGCCUUUGAACUCAUGGAAAAGAGAGUCUUGCCGUUCCUGGAGCCCACACGUCGCCGGCCCCCGUUGUUUUUGGAUAUCACCAUGGACGACGUAUUUGAAUCCCCAUGGAGAGUCUACGCCUUACUUCACGCCUCUUACGAUGACGCCUUUGAUUCACCCGAAAGUCGACAAAAAGCCGACGAGGCUACUCGCAUCGCAGCUCUGGAGUACAACGACCGCAACGCAUUGAUUGAAUACGCCUCGAUCAUGAUGAGCGAGAAGAAGUACGAUAAAUACGAAGAAUCCAUGAGCAAGGCCGCCACGCUCGGGAGUAAAAAGGCCAUUCUGUAUAUCGCCAAUUUCUACUACCAGGUCUAUCUCGGAAGAUUUCCGACCGCCGCCAAUGUACACGCCUCUGCUAAAUCACAAAGUCAAGAUCCGCCUCCCGCCGAGGUGACAACGAACGCACCAACAUCCUCGGAUCAGCCAGGUCCAAGUUCGAAAGCAAAUUCACUGACAUCUGUUUUUGGCUGGAUCUCUUCUUUUUUCAACCAAUCCAUUCCUCGCCCAGCUUAUCGCAACUUGGCGCUAGACUGGUACUACUUGGGCCACGCUUAUAAAAUUCCGCAGGCCUCAUUUAUGUUGGCACUCAUGGCGCACGAAGAGGGUGAACCACUCGAGAACAGUGAUUUUCUGAUGAAUGGCUGCAAAUAUCUGGAUGAUCACCCUGAGUUUGGGCCCAGAAUUGCCGAGCUCAAGGAGAACUGGUAUAAUACGCAAUAUGUACCACGACUGUCGAGCAAGAUGUUGACUGUACGAUAA